GUUGAAUGAUUGAACUUUCCAGCAGAGUUGCGGCGACCGCGAGGUUCCUGGCAGAGCUGCCCCGGCGCGGAGCUGGGAGCCUCGGCCAGCGCCCGGCGCCCGCGCCCUCUACCCUCAGCCAUGGUGCCCCGGGCGCCCCGCGCGGCCCUGACCCUCUGCCUCUGGCUGACCGCCUUUGGGGGCUGCCUGGCCGCGAGCCCCGGAACGGCGGCUGCGCGGCGUCUGGACGAGUCCCUGUCUGCGGGCAGCGUCCAGCGCGCCCGCUGCGCCUCCAGGUGCCUCAGCCUGCAGAUCACGCGCAUCUCCGCCUUCUUCCAGCACUUCCAGAACAAUGGUUCCCUGGUUUGGUGUCAAAAUCACAAGCAGUGUUCUAAGUGCCUGGAACCCUGCAAGGAACCAGGGGACUUGAGGAAACACCAGUGUCAAAGCUUCUGUGAGGCUCUGUUCCCCAAGAAAAACUACGAAUGCUUGACUAGCUGUGAGUUCCUCAAGUACACCCUCCUGGUGAAGCAGGGGGAUUGCCCGGCACCCGAGAAAGCUAGUGGAUUUGCUGCUGCCUGUGUGGAAAGCUGUGAAGUUGACAAUGAGUGUUCUGGGGUGAAGAAAUGUUGUUCUAAUGGAUGUGGACACACCUGCCAGGUGCCCAAGACACUGUACAAAGGUGUCCCCUUGAAGCCCAGAAAAGAGUUACGAUUUACUGAACUCAAGUCUGGACAGCUGGAGAUUAAAUGGUCUUCAAAAUUCAAUGUUUCCAUUGAGCCUGUGAUUUAUGUGGUACAAAGAAGAUGGAAUUAUGGGAUCCAUCCCAGUGAAGAUGAUGCCACUCAUUGGCAGACUGUGGCCCAGACCACAGAUGAACGGGUUCAACUGACUGACAUAAGACCCAGCAGGUGGUACCAGUUCAGAGUGGCCGCGGUCAAUGUGCAUGGAACUCGAGGCUUUACCGCCCCUAGCAAACACUUCCGCUCUUCCAAAGAUCCAUCUGCACCACCAGCACCUGCUAACCUCCGACUUGCAAACUCCACCAUAAAUAGUGAUGGGAGUGUAACUGUGACUAUUGUGUGGGACCUCCCUGAGGAACCAGAUAUCCCUGUUCACCACUACAAAGUGUUUUGGAGCUGGACAGUCAACAGCAAGUCACUUGUCCCAACAAAAAAGAAACGAAGGAAGACUACUGAUGGGCUUCAGAACUCUGUGGUCCUGGAGAGACUUCAAGCUGACUGUGAUUACACCGUGGAACUGCAGGCCAUCACGUACUGGGGGCAGACACGCCUCAAGAGCUCAAAGGUGUCCCUUCACUUCACAUCCACACGUGCCUCCAACAAUAAGGAACAGCUUGGGAAAACGAGAAAAGGUGUGAUGCAGAUACAGUCCCCUCUCCAGAGAAGACGACCCACUCGCCCACUAGAAAUCGGAGCUCCCUUCUAUCAAGACAACCAACUGCAAGUCAAAGUCUACUGGAAAAAGACUGAAGAUCCCAGUGUCAACCGAUACCAAUGUGGCAGUGGUUUCCCCGAAGUAUGUGCCCACAACAACUCUGGAUUGAAGACAUCAUCUGGGCCUACCCAUGAGAAAACAUCCUUGAAAAACUUACAUAAUUUUCAAGACCUGUCAUUUUCCUGCAAAUAUAAGGUGACUGUCCAACCAAUACUGCCGAGUCAUUCAACGGCAGAAACCGUUUUUCUUUACUACUCUCCAUGCUCCUCAAUUGAAGGGGAAAAUGCUGCGCCAAACGAGAACCUUUCUGCUUCAUUCAUCAUCCAAGAUGUUAACAUAAACGGCCACUUUUCUUGGAAGAUGACCAAGGCAAUCUCUCACCCAGCCAUGACUGGCUUCCAAGUGAACUUGGAGGUCACUACAGAGAGCAGACAGAACAGUUUUUGCCCACAGCAUUAUUUCCAGUCACAGAUAACUGCUUCUGAUCAUUAUGUCCUAACCGUGCCCAAUCUGAGGCCAUCCACCCUUUAUCGGCUGGAAGUAAAGUGCUGACCAGCAGGGAGUGGGGAAGGGCAGCCAACCAUCAAACAUUUCCGACGCCCCGACCUCCACCCUCUUCUGCCACAAGUUGAGUAG